AUGGAGGACCUGGCCGAGAGCGGCUUGGCCUCACAACUCGCCGCUUCCCAGUUACGGUCGGGUGCACGUCUUUUUGUCUUCUUCUUCUCGAUGACAAGCUGCCGAGCUGAGCCUUUUGUACUGCUUGCCGACGAUGCCGCCUGUGGCGAAUCACCUCUCUGUACGCAUAUUUUCUGCUUCAGACAGAUCAAUUGCUUGUUAGGUGGGUAUGAGAAAAUCAGUUUCUUAUAAAUUUUGAGUAGGUCCCCUUCCAACUGUAAUUUUAUAUUUAGUAUCUUUAGUUUUAUAGUCUGAACCCUGAAUAGCCAUGAAUAGACUAUAAAAAUCGUAAAAAUUUUCGAAUUAUUUUACUCAUUCAGGACUGUUUUUAUUGAUUUCGCUGUUUUCAAUGAAUUUUUUACACAACUUAUUCUAAUAAUUGAUUGACAGCAGUUCAAAUUGUGAGGAUAGAAUAAAUUUCAAAAUUUCUCGCUGUUAAUAUUUUGAGGGCAUUUUUUCCUUCUGCCAUCGUCUGCUAUCAACCGCUCCAAAAACAAAAAUACAUUUUUACAUCGAAAAUCUUUCUCACCUACAGUAUCAUAUUCAAGUUUUUCUGUUACAAUGUCCAUUAGAAAGUCGGAAAACGGAAGAAUGUCACUUUCUUUUUAUCUUUGUUGAAUUCGCGGUUUCAGAUAAGAGACGAAAGUGCUGAUAAAUCAUAUCUAAAAAAAUUUCAGAACUAAAAAAACUUCAAACGCAAUUUUUUUACUGGUCAUUCUGCUCAGCACUGUUUCAAAAAAAAACUUUUUAAAGAUGGGCAAAUGACGAGUGCCGACAAAAAUUGAGUCAUUGAAAACAUCGAAAUCGAUCAAUUGAAAACUUCUCAAUAAAAUAUCAAUGGCCUUCAUUUUGUCCCGAGAUGAACUGGUUUUUUUUUCGUGUUCCACUUAUAACUCACUUGUGAAUUCUGGUAUUUAAGAAUUUUUCUAACUGGGCUUGUUUAAUUUUCGAAAGGAGUUUUCCAUUUGAAAGCCAUGUUUUCCCAUUUUCGGAUGAUUUCUAGGUUUUCUUAUCUUUCUGGAUCCAUUUCAGUUGUCUACCAACGAAUUAGGCCCUUGAGAAUUUCGUUCGCUCCGCUAGUCGCGACAAUUUUGACGGCCAAACUACUUCGUCACAAUAUAUUUUUUUCUAAACUAAGAAACAACUGAUAUAGUCUAACUUCCGAAAAUCUCUGUGAAAAUGCGACGAAAGCUCAGAUUUUGAGGUAUUUACCAAAGCACUUUAAAAUCACUAAUAUUUGUUCUCAAGCCAAUGUUGAAAAAUAAGAGAACCAUUUUAUUUUGAGAAUUCAUAACUGGAUCACAAUUCAAUAACCAACAUUUUUUGGUUUCGCAUUUGGGUUGCUCUUAGUUGUGCAAAUAAUCAAAGGUUUUUGAGGUCAAAAUGAAUGACUGGUUUGUUUGUUUGGUGAAUAACGAGGAAUGAGAAACACUUUCUAAUAGUAUUUUUUUAUUAUUUUUAUAAUUUUUUUCUUUUUGAAUAAAAACACCUUUCCAGGGAGAGCUACGAAAAGUAAUUCAAAUUUCCGUUCGUGAAUCAAAAUUCCUAAAAAGCGAAGUCUUAAAAGAACAGCCAUUUCGCUCUUACUUUCACGCGUUUUUUUCAAAGUAAAAAAAUUUAUUCUAUUCUUUCAAAUUUUUUUCCUGGUUUGAGUUAGGAAAAAUUUGACUAUCAAAUCAAGAUUUUUCAACUUUUGAUAGUGACGGACCGUUAGAAAUAGUUAGAGCUUUUUUUGAUGCAAACUUUUAGUUUUUUUAUGUGUAUAAAGUAGUGUAAGUUAUAAAAAAACUUUUUUUGCGGGAAAUACACGAGUUCCUUCUAACCCAACGCGGUGCGGCGCGUGUCAACCCCACAAAAAUUCAUUCAUUUUAAAUACGUGUUUAUCGCGUUUUCCAAAGAUUUGAAGUGAUUUUCGACUGUUUUUGUCACAGAAAUUUCCCUGAAAAUGACAUUUUUAAUGAUUACUUAAUUCGCAUAACAUAUUUCGUUUGUUUUUUUCGUUUUAGAAACUUCAAAUGAACUUUCUUGAAGAAAGCGCUUUGAGAUUUUUCUAAGAAUUUUUUUUGGAGACAGAAUUCGACGAAUUUACUCAUGAAAAUGUCAUUUUGGGUGAUAAAUUUUCUCCAACAAGCUAUUAUGUAUUUUUUUUUUGUUUUAAAAUGUUCAAAGAGUAUCUCAAAAAAAAGUGCUCUGAACUUUUUAUUUCAAUUUUAUCUUUUGAAGUUCGAUUUGAAUAAUUUUUCUUCAAAAAAAUAACCUUUUUUGAGAUAUUCUGUUUUGCAAAAAGCUAUUUCGUUUCUUUUUACUAUUUAUAUAGAUUUUUUUAACGUGUAUUACACUUCAAAACCCUUCAAAAACUUGCGAAAACCUAAAAAAAAUCAUUCAGUGGUCUUUUUUCAACUACUAAAUCCACAAAACUUGACUCUCAUCCCCGCGUCUCUAUUGCAAUAAACGCUGCCGCUGUUGCAGUCAGCCACGCCUACGGACCUUAGUUGCCGCCCGUUUGGGAACACUAUUGGUUCAUAAAAAAACAAGUUCAAUAAAGUUAUUCAGCAAAAAAACAACAGAAAUAAGAAAAAUUAACUUCCUCUUCGUCGGUUGAUCUGAUUCAUUUUUUUUUUUCAAUUGAAGAGUUUUUACGAAAGUAGUCGUAUUUAAUACUCAUCCUCUGAGAACCAGUACUGCUUACCAAUUAAAACCGAGUAGGUAAGAGGGAAGCCGGGAAUAAGUGAGGGUUGCGCAACGGAGCAAUGUUGACACACUAUACAGCGCCACCGAAGCACUUUGCCAUUGCGCGGCCGCCGUCAGGGUUUUUCGCGAUUUGCAUGCCCAAUCGUCGCUAUCAUUCAGCCGACCGCUAUUGAUCACUCGUUCUGGGCGUUGACGUGGGCGCUCCCACGCCUCUUCGGAAUUCCGAUCCCAAUCACGCUCACGUCGCCUUAAUCAAACCCAUGAGCCUUUUUUCUCGAUUUUAUCGGUUUUUCUAUGCGGGUUUCAAAUUGGAAGGUCAUUGACUCAUCCAGUUGACCCCUUUUUGAUUUUUUUGUGAGGACCCAAACUCCGAUUUUGAUAGUUAUUCUAACAGGAAAAGUUUCUUUCUGCAAGUUUUUUCUAUAUUUCAAUUAUCUCUUUCGUUUUAGAAGUUAAUUUUGACUCUAGUUCUGAAAAAAACCAACGCCUUUAUACAUUUGAAAAAAGUUGAAAUUUUCACUCCCAUUUUCAAAGCUGAAAUUUGAGAAAUUCAACGUGAAUUGGCUUGGACCACCUGAAUUUCGUUAAGCUAUGAACCAUUUUUUUUUUAGAAGCACGAAUUUACUGACUUGAUUUUUUUUGUUUCAGUUUCUGCAAGAGCAGUUUCUACGGAAGGAUCAGUUUUUUUUUAAAUAAUAUGUUCUUUUUUUGCUUUUUCUGUAUUUUUCCAGUAAAUUUAAGUUGAUUAUUUCGUGAGUAUAAAACAUUUUUACUAAACUUAUAUCAGAAUUGAGGAUAAUUUAUAUUUCUCGCAAUCUUUUCCCAUACUCUUUUGUUCUGUUUGCAGCGGUUUCAUUGGUCUGACUUAUUUUUCACUGUUUUUAAUCCAAAUGACAAAUGUCUUCGUAGACGUUUGCACAAGAAAGUUCCAUUCCUAAACUGUUCGAAAUUGUGUCCUUAUUCCAAAUUCGAUUCAUUUUCGAAUUCCCUUUUUCUAUUUGAAGACUAAAAACUUGCAAAAACAAUUUGCCCUUUCUCAAAUUUGAAUAUUCCACUUUCUCUCAACAAUUUUAUGAGAAUGCCACAAAAAAACGAUUCUCAUUUUGAUGAAUUCUGCUCCUGAAAUCUCAUGUUACGAAUUGGGGCGAAAUGCAAUUUUUAUCUAUUUUUAAUGUGUUCCGAACGACGAGGAGGCGUUUUUGAAACGCUUUCAAUUAAAAUUUAUUGUUUUUUUAUAUAUCUACAGACCGAGAACGAUCGUUUUCUUUCAAUACAUUGAGAUUGGUUGGCGGAAUCCUUUCAUUUCACUUUAGAAUCUCUUUGGCUGCGUUUCUUCAACUCGAGAUUGUUAGUUAAAUUCAGUUUUUUAUUUUAUUUUCCUUCAUUUUCUCAUCUUUGUGAUGGAAGACUGAUCCUAUUUUUCCAACAUCAAACUUUAUACAGAGACAAGAAAAUGAAAUUUCAUAAUUUCAAGAAUCCUCGUCCUGCUUUUCAAGUGGGAAACCAUCGUGAGUUUCAAAUCUUCACGAAAUCUGAAGAAUCACUUGACAGCCUCCUUUUUCAAAAGUCUAACUGGCUGAAUGAAGUUUCGAAGCGGAUGCUAGUCUGUCUUUGAUUCACGGCACCAAAGUGUGUGAUUCAGCCAAGGAACUUCUCCCUCGGAACACCCUUGUACAAUAUUUCUUUGCCUUGUCGCACGCUCUCAAAAUAUAUUCAAGUAACAAAAAAAGAAAUGCCUUUUGUGUUGUCAUUCGUGGGCUUUGGAAGCGGUUUUCGACUAUGAUCGCUUUUUUUUCUUAAAUGUCGACCUUAAGAUGACGGAACUUCAAAUCCAUUGCUCUCAUUUGCUUCGUUUUCACCGACUGUUACAAGCUGUAGCUUUGAAAAAUCAAACAAUUUCUUUUUCUUUAAUUUUUAUGAUUUUUUUCUAGACCGUUCUAUCGAAAAAAAUCAAGUCGCUGCAUAGUUAGGAAUUUUUUUCGACAUCAUGGAAGCUAGGUUGCAAAUUACACAUACUCUAUACCAGCGUUUUCUGCGUAAUCAUGUGAAAUUUCCUGUAUUAUCUGUUCUACCAGUGCGCAAUGGUUUUUUUGUUUUGUUCAAAAACUCUUCCACAGGGAAAACCUAUCAAUAUAAUUUAAUUAAUCUCCUAAAAAAACACUUCAUUUUUUCAAUUCUGUGCGAGAAAACUACGCAAGCAUUUUGAACGAUCCGGAUUAUAAUUCUAUUUUUCAGCUUCAACCCUCGCACCGAUAAUCGCAGGCUGCCGAUUGGACGACAAGGACGUCUUCUGUGUAUGCCCGACAGUUCAUCUGCCACUUCUGCGGCACGUCUUCGAGAUGUCGCAGCUGACGACGUCAACCGCCUUUGUCAACGCCACCAUUGCUGCUGAAGCCGAUGCCGGCGCUACGGAAGCCGCGAUCAAGAAAGGAAUUUCCGGCGGCGCGAUCGCUGGAAUCGUCAUUGGAUGUCUUGUGAGUUUUGAAUCAAAAAUUAUUUCAAUGUAGAUCUUGAAAAAAGAAAAACAACAGCAAACGGAGAGGAGUGUUUGUAAAGCAUUAUUUUUGAAAUUCACGAAAUAAUUAGAAAGGAAUUUUUUUCGCAACUGCAAAAUGCCAACCAACUCCGUAACAUUUAGCAUCCUUUAGCUAAAAAUUUUUUAAAAAAAUAUUCUGUCCUUUUUCGAAAUUCGUAAAUAAUCUGAAAUUAUAAGAGUUCAACGCUGAAUUCAUCAAUUUUUUUCUUGGCGUACAGUUUCCUCGACCUUCGCGAAAUUAGCAAAAGCGGUAAAUUAAGAUUUUGAAAAAUUAUUGUGCAGUUUUCUAUAGCACCUAAAAUGAAAAGCUCGCGUGAAAGGUCUAAAAUUAAAAUUCACUCAAGGGAAUGACGAGCUUUGGUUCAGGUGGGCGUCGUUUUGCUGGCAGCCGUCGCAUUUUUCACGUUCCGAUACUUGAGAGACCGAAGGAAAAACCACGGCGAGUACCGGCCGCAGUUCGAGGAGCAGCACCACGCCAAGGACCUGCCAUAUCUGCAGCCGCCCAACAUCGAAGGCCUGAUUUGA